AUGGAAGAAAAUAAAAUAAUACAAAACGAAAUAGUCAAUGAAGGAGAUAAUGAAGUAAAAGUAAUGAAUGAAGAAGAGAAUGAAAAGGAAAAAGUGAAAUUGAAAGAAAUAGAAACAGAAAUUGAGGAAAAGGAAGAGAAAAAAAAUAUAGAAGAAGAUAUAAAAAUACAUGAACAAAUGAAGGAUAAUGAUCAAAUAGAAGAUGAAGAGGAUGAAGAAAACGAGAGUGCAAAAGAUAUGUUAUUAAAAAAAAGAAAGAAAAAAGACAAGUAUAAAUCAUCGUACAUAGAUACUGAAGCUCAAGAAGAUGAAGAAGAUAUAGAAUAUAGAGAAAGUCGAAAAAUAAAAAAACAUGGGCAAAAAAAAAGGAGAUUAACAAAAAAUAAAUAUAUAUCUACAUUUUUAGAUACUGAAGCUCAAGUGGGAGAUGAUGAAGAAGAAGAGGAUUAUGCCAGUUCCUAUAUUGAUGAAUUUGAAGAGGCAAAGAAAUUAGAAAAGAAAAAAAUGUAUGAAACUCGUUUAAAAAGUGGAACUAAUCAUUUAGCUCAAGCGAUAAAUAAAUUAUCACAAAGAUAUGAAAAUGAAAAGGAAAUAAAAGAGGAUACAUUAACUGAUGGAGAAACAUUAACAGAUGAAGAAAUGUCAGGUGAAGAAUAUUUUGAUGAAGGAGAAUGUUUAAGUACUUUUGAUAGUCCCAAAAUGUGGUUAAUAAAACUAUUUAAGAAUAAUAUAGAAAGAAAUUUAGCAAUUGGUAUUUAUUAUAAGUAUAUGAAACAAAAAGAUAAUGAUUAUAAUAUUAAAGGAAUAUACGUUUCCGAUAAUUUAAAAGGUUAUAUAUAUAUAGAAGCGGACAGUUUAUAUAUGUUAAAAAAAUUCUUAUUAGGAUUCAAAUUUAUUAAUUUAAAUGAAAUAUCAAUUGUUCCUGUUCAAGAAUUAACUUCUAUAUUUGCUAUGUGUCAUUCUAAGGUAAUUAUACCAAAAGUAAAUGAAUAUGUAAGAAUAAAAAGAGGAGUUUAUAUGAACGAUAUAGGUCAAAUUUUUGAAGUGCAUGAAAAAGGAAUAUAUGCAAUAGUCCGAUUAAUACCAAGAAUAUCGUAUGAUAAAUAUAAUAAUUUUAAAAAGGAUAACUACAAUAAUAUGUCUUCCGUAAAUAGAGUGAGUUCAACAUUAGAUGAAAAUAAUAAAAAUGAUUCUUAUUAUUUGAAUGAUAAAUUAGACAUAAACAGAAAUGCAAUUUUGUCGAAAUCUCAUAAUGAAAAUAUUAUAAACGAAAAGAAUGAUAUAUUAGAUGAAGCUUUACAAUUUAGGAGAAAAAAAAAAAAAGAAAGACCUCUAAAAAAAUUUUUUGAUAGAGAAGAAAUUGAACAAAUAGGAGGUGUUAUUGAACAUGGUCCAUAUCCUAGAACUAUCAAGUAUCAAAAUAAUAUAUUUGAAGAAAAUGGAUAUUUAUUAAAGAAAAUGAAUAUAAAAUAUUUAAUUAGUGAGAAUGCUAACAUAACAUUAACAGAAAUAAGAGAUUUUAAUAAGAAUAAUACCAAUGAAGAAGAUAUAAAUUUACAUCUUAGUAAAUCUUUUAUAAAUAAAAAUUCUUUACAUUUAUUUAAAAAAAAUGAAAGAGUAAAAAUAUUGAAAGGAGAGUUAUAUAAUUUAAUAGGAACAAUAACAAGUGUUAAUGAAAAUGUGCUAACAGUAAAUCCGGAUAAUUUAGCAAAAGAAUUUAAAUUUUUACCUUCUGAUGUUACAAAGUAUUUUAACGAAGGAGAUAAUGUAACAGUAAUAAAUGGAAUACAUAAAGGAAAAAGUGGAUUAAUAUCUUUAUUAGAUUAUAAAGAAAAUGUUGCACUUAUAUUUUCACCUUCAUUAAACACAGAAUUGAGAUCAUCUAUACAAGAUUUAGCUUUGUCUACUAACAAUAGUGAAGGAUUAGGUGGAGUAAAUACACUAAAUGGAUUUUCAAUAGGAGAUUUAAUUGAAUUGAGUGAUAGACAAAUAGGAGUUUUAACCUAUAUAGAUAAGAAUAAGCAUAUUCGUGUAUUAACGAAUAAUAAUAAGAUAUUACAUACUACUAUAGGUGCCAUAACAUCUAAAAGGUCAGCUAUAGGACAGGUAUGUAAAGAUGAGAAUAACAAUGUUAUUCAAGCUAAAGAUACUAUACAAAUAAUUAGGGGAAUUCAUAAAAACAAAGUAGCUGUGGUUAAUUAUAUAUGGAAAAAUAAAAUUUUUGCAAAAAUAAAUAGAAAGAUUGAGGAUAAUGGUUUUGUUGUUGUAGAUUGUGAAAAUUGUAUUUUAUCAGGCAAUAAAAAUGAGAAAAAAAAAGUAAUAACACAUAAUAAUUUAUUUAGAAAUAAUAAUUUUUUUAAAAAAAAUAACUUCCAAUCAUUUAUUGGAAAAACAGUCAAGAUAUUAACGGGAGUUUAUAAGGGAUUGUUGGGGGAUGUUAUUGAUGCAGAAAAAGACGAGUUUACUUUACUUUUAAAAAUAAAACCUAAAACUGUAAGGCAAAAGAGAAUAGAAUGUGCUAUUGCUGAUGCUUACAAAGAUCAAAACAUAUUUGAUGAAAAAUUUAAUGGAAAUGAAAACAUAAUUGAUUCUCAAAAAGGUCUAGAAAAAAUGGAAAAAAACCAAAGGUCAGAAAAAAAAAUGUAUGAUUCUUAUUACAGUGAAUAUCAAAAAAGAAAUUCAGAUAAAAGAAGGGGUGAUUUUAAUGUAAAAUAUGAAGAAAAGUAUUCAAGUUAUAACAAAUAUAAAGAAAAAGAUAUUAAUUAUGAUAAUGAAAAAAAAAAAAAAAACUAUGAAACUAAUAAAAAUAAAAAUAAUCAGAAUUAUGUAGAAGAUUGGAAUUAUGAAAAUGAUAAACAUAAUGUAAACUCAACUAUAUCUAAUAAAAAUGAAAACACAUAUAUUAAGGAAGAUAAUCAUACAUCAUAUAAUAAAAAUUAUGAUAAUAAUUAUAAUAAACAUAGUGGCAAUUCGAAGAAAUUUUAUAAAAGGAAUGAGGAAGAUCGUUAUAAAAAAAAUAAAAAUGAAGAAAGUAAAAAUUAUAAUAAAAAAAAAGAUCAUAUGAGUAAAGAAUAUAAUUUAAAAUAUGAAGAAGAUAAGAAUUAUGUUUGUAAUUUUGAUGAGGAAAUUAAAAAAGAAAUUAAAAAGGAUUUAAAACAAGAAGAUGAAAAAAAAAAGCAAAAAAAUGCACAAGAUAUCGAGAAAAAAGAAGACACUAGCAAACAACAUAGCAUAAUAGAUGAUAAUGAUAAUAAUCAAAAAGAUCCUAUAUGGUUAAUUGAAGGAGUGAUGGUAAAGGUUAUUACACCAGGACAAUUUUUUAAUGAAAUUGGAAGAAUUAUGAGUAUAACAAAAAAGAACUCUUAUGUUAUUUUAAAAAUUCAAACAGAAAAAACAUCUUUUAGUAUAGUUUCAGAUGCAGUUGUUCCUUUAAAGCCAGAGAAAAAAAAUGAUCAAGUCAUAAUUCUGGAUAACGGAAAAACAAUAGAAGGGUUAGUAAUAGAUAUUCAUAAUAAGGAAGUUCAGGUUAAUACAAUACAUGGAAAUAUAACAUCUCAUCUAGAAAAUAUGUUUUUGUAUAAGAAAUAUUUUUCAUAA